AUGAGCGACGACAGCAUUCUCAAAAAAUUUGGCGAGCGAGUACGCCAGCUUCGAAAAGCUCGGGGGUUUUCGCAACAAUCCUUUGCGGCGACGUGUGGGCUUGAUCGAACUUAUAUUGGAGGAAUCGAGCGCGGGGAGCGCAAUGUUGCUUUGCGGAACAUGGAGGCGAUUGCCAAAUCCCUGGGGCUUUCCGUUUCCGAGCUUACAACGGGACUGUGA